AUGGAGACUCACCGUCGCGACGACUCGCCCUCCGGUCUCUCGGACAUUGUCGAGGGUGAAGGUCUGCUGGGUACUGGUAUUACGACUCGACACAUCGAGGCCUUUGGGCGCAAAGUCACCUCUACGGCGGGACACCUGAUCGGACCGGGCGAUCAGUCUCAUGGCUCUCAUUAUCACAAUGCCAUGUCUGAUAUUCAUCGCGAAUUGCGCCGGCCCACGGCGCAGCGAAAGGUCUUCUCGUUGACUCAAACGACUCCGACGGACCUGAUGCGAUCGAAAUUGUCCACGUCCGAGAUCCAGUCGCGGGCGCUGUCCUCCCUACCCGAUGACCUGCUGGCCAACAUUCCGGAAGACACCAGCUCAUACUCCCUGUUUCAGGGCUUUCAGGCGAGUGUCCCCGAAGAAGAGCCGAGUACAAAGAAGCAUAGGAGGCGAAGCUCCAAGGCUCAAAAGGCGCUCAAGGACAAUGAAAAGGCCGGGAUGUUAAAAGCAGGACCAACGGCGUUGAAAGAGGAACGAAAAGCGCUGGCCCGCCGAUUGGACCUCAUGGGCAUUCGAAAGAAUAUGUGCAGCGCUGAGAUUCAUGAGAUCGACAAUAAGAUUGCCAAUUUGCACAAAAUGCGGCAGAUCGUGCUUGAUCGUCUAGCUGGGCUAGAGAUGGACGAAGCCGCGAUGGAAGUGGAAAUCACGGAACUCGAUAACAAACUAGAGGACCUCCAAGAAGAGGAGACCCCGGAGGUAUCCUCACCGGUGGAUACGCCCAAAUCCUCCGAGGCCACCGGCGACACCGCUACUCCCACGGUUGACCCUGCUAUGGAUGCGUCUUUCAUGUCGGAGUCGAUCUACGAGAAGCUUCCAACAUCCUCGCCUCGAAGCCUACGACAUCGAUCGAUCCGAAAGCGAUCCAUGCCAAUCCUUCAUGAACAUUUUGCUCCUGGGUCUUUGAUCAAGGAGAUCGAGGCGCAUACCGACAUGGUCACCGCGAUUGAUUUCGAUUAUCCCUUUGGGACAAUGGUCAGCGCCGCAUUGGAUGACACGGUCCGGGUCUGGGACAUGAAUGUUGGUCGCUGCUCAGGACUGUUGGAGGGGCACCAUGCUUCAGUUCGAGCCUUGCAGGUGGAAGACAACAUCGUGGCGACAGGUUCAAUGGACGCCUCGGUGAGACUAUGGGAUCUGAGCCGCGCUAGGCCUGUCAGCCGGGAUAACCGAUUGAAUAAGCACGAACGGGAGGGAAUAGAUGACGACGAAGUGUCAACCCGCCCCAUCCCACCGUCCUCAAACCUGGAGGAUUGCCACGUUUUCUCGCUCGAAGCGCAUGUUGACGAAGUAACUGCCUUGCAUUUCAAAGGUGACACCCUCAUCUCGGGAUCUGCAGACAAGACUUUGCGCCAGUGGGAUCUGGUCAAGGGUCGCUGUGUUCAGACUCUGGACAUUCUGUGGGCUGCAACUCAAUCUUCCGCCUCCACUGGUGGGGAUAGUCAUUGGCGGCCCUCCGGCCGUCUUCCAGACGCAUCGGCCGACUUUGUCGGGGCGGUGCAGUGCUUCGAUGCGGCCUUGGCCUGCGGUACUGCGGACGGCAUGGUUCGUCUAUGGGAUCUUCGUAGUGGUCAGGUUCAUCGAAGCCUGGUCGGACAUACAGGGCCCGUGACCUGUCUUCAGUUUGAUGAUGUCCAUCUGGUGACAGGUAGUUUGGAUCGUAGCAUUCGAAUUUGGGAUCUCCGAACUGGAUCCAUCUACGAUGCCUACGCCUAUGACAAGCCAGUCACCAGCAUGAUGUUUGACUCCAAACGAAUCGUUGCGGCCGCAGGCGAUAAUGUGGUCAAGGUUUAUGACAAAGCCGAUGGCCACCAUUGGGACUGUGGCGCCGGGGUUGGUCUCGACGAAGAAGGUCCACACCCUGCCACUGUCGAGCGCGUCCGCCUCAAGGAUGGAUACCUUGUCGAGGGCCGCAAGGAUGGUACUAUAGGCGCUUGGACAUGUUGA